AUGGAAUGUGUAGAUACAUUUGUAAAAAGAAUGGAUCUUUUACCAAUGGAACAAUCUGUCAGAGCCACGUUUUGCUCGCAAUUAAUGCUUUAUAUAGACAAUUUGACAAUUGCUUUUAUAUCAUUUGUUCGAGAUUCGAGGUAUGUAUUUUCAGCGUAUUUUUUUAUUACAAAAAUUUCUAUUCAUUUUAGCCGCCCUGGAAAAGAUAAAAAAGAAUGUGGAACUCGAUCACGCCAUUUCAACUUAGCCAAAAUGUCGAAAAAACAGCGAUCACCAAUACAAUGA